AUGCUGAACAUCGCCCGCAAAACCUUCAAACGUGUCCCCAGCUUCCAGGACCUCCUCCAAGGCAGAAUGACCCACCCCGACAUUUCCGUUGACGUUCUCGUCAUUGGCGCUGGCCCCACUGGUCUGGGUGCUGCGAAGCGUUUGAACCAGAUCGAUGGCCCCUCGUGGUUGAUCAUCGACUCUAACGAGACUCCCGGUGGUCUUGCUUCCACUGAUGUAACCCCUGAAGGCUUCUUGUACGAUGUUGGUGGCCACGUUAUCUUUUCCCACUACAAGUACUUCGAUGACUGCAUCGACGAGGCCCUCCCUAAUGAGGAUGACUGGUUCACCCACCAGCGUAUCUCCUACGUCCGCUGCCAGAACCAAUGGGUCCCUUACCCUUUCCAGAACAAUAUUUCCAUGCUCCCCAAAGAAGAGCAGGUGAAGUGUAUCGAUGGCAUGAUCGAUGCUGCCAUGGAGGCUCGUGUCUCCAACACCAAGCCCAAGACUUUCGAUGAGUGGAUCCUUCGUACUAUGGGUAGUGGUAUUGCCGACCUCUUCAUGCGCCCUUACAACUACAAGGUCUGGGCCGUCCCUACCACCAAGAUGCAAUGCGCUUGGCUCGGUGAGCGUGUCGCCGCUCCUAACCUCAAGGCUGUCACCACCAACGUCAUCCUGAACAAGACCGCCGGUAACUGGGGUCCCAAUGCUACUUUCCGCUUCCCCGCCCGCGACGGUACCGGUGGUAUCUGGAUUGCCGUUGCCAACACCCUCCCCAAGAAGAACACUCGCUUCGGUGAGCAGGGCAAGGUCACCAAGGUCAACGCCAGCGCUAAGACCGUUACCUUGGCUGAUGGCACCACUAUUGGCUAUAGCAAGCUGGUGUCUACCAUGGCCCAGCUCUUCUACUCCUCCACCCACGUUAUUGGUGUCGGUAUCCGUGGUGCUCGUCCCGAGCGCAUUGGUGACAAGUGCUGGUUGUACUUCCCCGAGGAUGACAGCCCCUUUUACCGUGCCACCAUCUUCUCCAACUACUCUCCCUACAACCAGCCUGACAGCUCCAAGAAGCUGCCCACCAUCCAGCUCGCGGACGGCUCUAAGCCCUCAAGCACGGAGGCUAAGGAGGGCCCUUACUGGUCCAUCAUGCUUGAGGUUUCCGAGUCUUCCAUGAAGCCCGUUAACCACGAGAAGCUCCUUGCUGAGUCUAUCCAGGGUCUCAUCAACACGCAGAUGCUGCAGCCCAGCGAUGAAAUCGUCUCCACCUACCACCGUCGCUUCGACCACGGUUACCCCACCCCUAGCCUGGAGCGUGAGGGUGCCCUCACUCAGAUCCUCCCCAAGCUGCAGGAGAAGGGUAUCUGGUCUCGUGGUCGCUUCGGUAGCUGGCGCUACGAGGUCGGCAACCAGGAUCACUCGUUCAUGCUGGGUGUCGAGGCUGUCGACAACAUCGUCAACGGUGCCGUUGAGCUGACCCUUAACUACCCCGACUUCGUCAACGGCCGCCAGAACACCGAGCGUCGUCUGGUUGACGGUGCCCAGAUGUUCGCUGCCGCGAAGAAGAACAAGCAGUAG